GCAGGUCCCUGGGACAGAAGUCCCAGGGGACGUGGGGUCCCCACAUACCUGGAAGUUUCUACCAUUCUUCCUUCGCCCAGAGCAAAUUUUUUUUUUUUUUUGAGACGGAGUCUCGCUCUGUCGCCAGGCUGAAGUGCAGUGGCUCGGUCUUGGCUCACUGCAACCUCCGCCUCCUGGGUUCAAGCGAUUCUCCUGCCUCAGCCUGCUAAGUAGCUGGGGUUACAGGCAUGCGCCACCAUGCCCGGCUAAUCCCCAGAGCAAAAUUUGAUGUCCCCGUGAGAGUCCAGAAGUCGCUUCUUUUGGGUUUAAAAUCGCCCUGAGGCUGGACCCGUCCCCGGUCUUUCUGCUAUAGGGCAACGUAUACACUUCGUAUCUCGUAAUUUUCCUGUUCGUAACUAUUUUCUGACUCCCUCCACCCCGCGCUUUUUAAAGUCCUCACCCGAGAGGUGGAUUCCCACCCUGGGCGCCUCCCACCCUCCCUCGUCGGUCCCUGGAGCGCAGCCCCGCCUCCCCCGUCCCGAGGAGGCCGCAUCCUCUGCCUGGUCCUGGGAUCCUGCAGACCCCACUCUUGUCUUAAGGCGCCGUCGCCCCCAACUCCCUCCUCGUGCCGGGCCCUGCUGCUCGCCAGGUCUCCCCUUCAGCAGUCGCCGCUUCCCGUGAGCCCGCGUUGGGGAGGUGCCCAGAGCCUGUCCUGUGACAAGGGGUGUUCUUGUCUGCCCAGCCCCAGCCCCUGGAAAAUGCGCUCCUCUGGGAUGCAGGCGUCAUACUCAAAACUCUCCUGUGAUUGUGUGGGCCAAAGGAAUGAGGAGACCGAGAAAGAGCAGUAGAAAACUCGAGACAGAAUAGAACAACGAGAAAGGCCCAUAACAGAUGGCAAACUGGAGGAUGGGUGAGGGAUUUGCCAAGAGACAGCAAAAGUGAAAAGAAAAAGUUAAGAAAGCAGGAGGAGAAAAUCAACUGGAGAAAUGUAGAGAGAAGCUAGAUGUACAGAGAGAUGACAGCAAGGUAGGGAGAGGGGCAGCAAAGAGGGAGGCUCAUCAGAGUGAAGGAGAGGAGGAGGCAUUUGGAGCCAGGGCAGACAGAGCAGAGUGGUGCUGGUGGCAAGAGGGAGAACCAUAGCAGGGAGGACACCUGGAGAUCUGGAGUGCCAGAGAGUGGGGACAGGGGGGCUUAAAAGGGAAGAGAGAGUUUAACAGGGAGAGCAGAGGAGGCGCAGAGGUGGGAGAAGAGGUGGUAAUAUAUGGAGAUUGAAGACGAUCGAAAGGCUGGAGAGAAGGAGCAACAAGAGGUUAAAUAAGUUGCGAGGAUGGAGCAGAAGAGGUGGAAGAGAAGGAAUAGACGGAAGAAGGGGAUGGUGCGCACUUGUAAUCCCAGCUACUCUGGAGGCUGAGGCAAGAGGAUCACUUGAGCCUAGGAGGUCCAGGCUGCUGUCAGCCGAGAUAUGCCACUGCACUCCCACCUGGUCAACAGAGUGCGACCCUGUCUGAAAAGAAUAAAAGGGGUGGGGACUUUGGGUUCAGAUGAGUGGAUGGAGUUUCGCUUUUGUUUCCCACCCUGGAGUGCAAUGGCGCAAUCUCUGCUCACCACAUCUGCUUCCUGGGUUCAAGCGAUUCUUUUGCCUUAGUCUCCCGAGUAGCUGGGAUUACAGGCUGGAGUACAAUGGCGAGAUCUCGGCUCACUGCAACCUCUGUCUCCUGGGUUCAAGCGAUUCUCCUGCCUCAGCCUCCGGAAUAGCUGGGAUUACAGGUGCCCACCACCACGCCCAGGAUUUCCAAAUACUCAUAUUACGUGAGGAAGCCACCAAGAAGAGCAAAGAAAAGGAUCCAGUAAUGGCUCUUCUUCAGGGAUGCUUGACUUUCAGGGAUGUGGCUAUAGAGUUCUCUUUGGAGGAGUGGAAAUGCCUGAACCCUUCGCAGAGGGCUUUAUACAGGGAAGUGAUGUUGGAGAACUACAGGAACCUGGAGUUUGUGGAUAGCUCUUUAAAAUCCAUGAUGGAGUUCUUACCAACCGGGCACGGUAAUACAAGAGAAGAGUUCCACACAGGGACAUUGGAAAGACAUAAAAGUCAUCACAUUGGAGAUUUUUGCUUCCCAGAAGUCAAAAAAGAUAUUCAUCACUUUGAGUUUCAGUGGCAAGAAGUUGCAAGAAAUGGCCAUGAAGCACCUGUGACAGAAACUAAAGAGUUGGCUGGUAGUCCAGACCGACGUGAUCAAAGGCAUGCUGGAAACAAGCCUAUUAAAGAUCAGCUUGGAUUAAGCUUUCAUUCGCAUCUCUCUGAACUGCACAUAUUUCAGACUAAAGGGAAAAUUAGUAACCAAGUGGACAAGUCUGUCAGUGGUGCUUCCUCAGCUUCAACAUCCCAAAGAAUUUCUUGUAGGCUCAAAACUCAUAUUUCUAAUAAGUAUGGGAAGAAUUUCCUCCAUUCUUCAUUAUUCACACAAAUACAGGAAAUACACAUCAGAGAAAAACCUUGCCAAAGUAAUGAGCGUGGCAAAGCUUUUAAUUAUAGCUCACUCUUAAGGAGACACCACAUAACCCAUUCAAGAGAGAAACAGUAUAAAUGUAAUGUAUGUGGCAAGAUCUUUAAUCAGAAGCAAUACAUUGUAUAUCAUUGUAGAUGUCACACUGGUGAGAAAACUUACAGGUGUAAUGAGUGUGGGAAGACCUUCACUCAGAUGUCAUCCCUUGUGUGCCAUCAUAGACUUCAUACUGGAGAGAAACCUUACAAGUGUAAUGAGUGUGGCAAGACCUUCAGUGAGAAGUCAUCCCUUAGAUGCCAUCGUAGACUUCAUACUGGAGAGAAACCUUACAAGUGUAAUGAGUGUGGCAAGACCUUUGGUCGAAACUCAGCCCUUGUAAUUCAUAAGGCAAUUCAUACUGGAGAGAAACCUUACAAGUGUAAUGAGUGUGGCAAGACCUUCAGUCAGAAGUCAUCCCUUCAAUGCCAUCAUAUACUUCACACUGGAGAGAAACCUUACAAAUGUGAAGAAUGUGACAAUGUUUACAUGCGCAGAUCACACCUUGAAAGACAUAAGAAAAUUCAUACUGGAGAGGGACCAUACAAAUGUAAGGUUUGUGACAAGGUUUUCCGGAGUGAUUCAUACCUUGCAGAACAUCAGAGAGUUCAUACUGGAGAGAAACCGUACAAGUGUGAUAAAUGUGGCAGGAGUUUCAGUCGGAAGUCCUCCCUUCAAUACCAUCAUACACUUCAUACUGGAGAGAAACCUUACACAUGUAAUGAAUGUGGCAAGGUUUUUAGUAGAAGAGAAAACCUUGCACGUCAUCAUAGACUUCAUACUGGAGAGAAACCUUACAAAUGUGAAGAAUGUGACAAAGUUUUCAGUCGCAGAUCACACCUUGAAAGACAUAGGAGAAUUCAUACUGGAGAAAAACCAUACAAGUGUAAGGUUUGUGACAAAGCUUUCCGGAGUGAUUCAUGCCUUGCGAACCAUACGAGAGUUCAUACUGGAGAGAAACCUUACAAGUGUAAUAAAUGUGGGAAGGUUUUUAAUCAAAAAGGAAUCCUUGCACAACAUCACAGAGUUCAUACUGGAGAGAAACCUUACAAGUGUAAUGAAUGUGGUAAGGUUUUUAAUCAAAAAGCAAGCCUUGCAAAACAUCAGAGAGUUCAUACUGCAGAGAAACCCUACAAGUGUAAGGAGUGUGGCAAAGCCUUUACUGGACAGUCAACACUUAUUCACCAUCAAGCAAUCCAUGGAAAAAAGAAAGAUCACGUGGGUGCCAGAUAUCGGGGAACCUGCCCCCGAUAGUCUUGUAGGUUUUUUUCUAUUUUCCCUAAGUGUUGGCCAGGUUGAGAAAUAAAGGGACAGAGUACAAAAGAGAGAAAUUUUAAAGCUGGGCAUUCGGGGGAGACAUCACAUGGUAGGUUCUGUGAUGCCCCCUGAGCCGUAAAACCAGCAUGUUUUUAUUAGGGAUUUUUAAAAUGGGAGGGAGUGUACAAAUAGAGUGUGGGUUACAGAGAUUAUGUACUUUACAAGGUAAUAGAAUAUUACAAGGCAAAUAGAGGCAGGGCGAGAUUACAGGACUACAGGACCGGGGCAAAAUUAAAAUUGCUAAUGAAGUUUUGGGCACCAUUUUUAUUGAUAACAUUUUAUUAGGAGACAGGAUUUGAGAGCAACUGGUCUGACCAAAAUUUAUUAGGCAGGAAUUUCCUUGUCCUAAUAAGCCUGGGAGCACUAUGGGAGACUGGGGCUUAUUUUAUCCCUACAGUCUUGACCAUAGAAGAUGGCCACACCCAAGGGGGCCAUUUUAGAGGCCCACCCUUAGGGGCGCAUUCUCUUUCUUAAGGAUGUUUCUUGCUGAGAAAAAGAAUUUGGCAAUAUUUCUCCCAUUUGCUUUUGAAAGAAGAGAAAUAUGGCUUUGUUUUGCCCAGCCCACCGGCAGUUAGAGUUUAAGGUUAUUUCUCUUGUUCUUUGAACGUUGCUGUUAUCCUGUUCUUUUUUCAAGGUGCCCAUAUUUCAUAUUGUUUAAACACACAUGCUCUAUAAUUUGUGCAGUUAAUGCAAUUAUUACAGGGUCCUGAGGUGACAUACAUCCUCCUCAGCUUACAAGAUGGCAAGAUUAAGAGAUUAAAGUAAAGACAGGCAUAGGAAAUCACAAGGGUAUUGAUUGGGGAAGUGAUAAGUGUCCAUGAAAUCUUCACAAUUUAUGUUUAGAGAUUGCAGUAAAGACAGGCAUAAGAAAUUAUAAAAGUAUUAAUUUGGGGAACUAAUAAAUGUCCAUGAAAUCUUUACAAUCCACGUCCUUCUGCCAUGGCUUCAGCUGGUCCCUCUGUUCUGGGUCCCUGACUUCCCACAACAGUGUAGGGAAACUUUACAAAUGUAACGAUUCUCACAAAAUCUUCAGUAAUGCUACAGCCACUGCAAAUCAUUAGAGAAUCCAUAAUGAAGAGAGAUCUACAAGUGUAAUAAAUGUGGCAAAUUUUUCAGACAUCGUUCAUAACUUGUAGCUCAUCAGUGAACUCAUACUGGAGAGAAACCUUACAAAUAUCCUGACUGUGACAAGGUCUUCAGUCAAGCUUCAUCCUAUGCAAAACAUAGGAGAAUUCAUGCAGGAGAGAAACCUCACAAGUGUGAUGAUUGUGGCAAAGCCUUUGCUUCAUGUUCACACCUCAUUGGACAUCAGAGAAUCCAUACUGGACAGAUAUCUUACAAAUGUAAGGGUGGCAAGGUCUUCAGUCUGUAGUCAUCCCAUGCAGGACAUCAGAGAAUUCAUUUUUGAGAUAAUUGUUCCAUAUAAAAUGAAUAUAAAAAAAUCAUAAAGCUUUAAUUGACAUUAGAGUCAAUUCAA